GGAAACUCAAACCCCUUUGGUGGGAAACUCCUGGGAAAGUGCCAUCUUGUGGGCCAGCCAGGGCAUCCUGUGUGAUGGACGGACUUUCUCUACAGGACUAUGGAUAUCCAAGAGCUGGGAGGCCCAAAACUGGAGUGAUAACAGAAGUGAAGCGAUGUCUGCUAUUCUCAACAAGAUGAGCGAGUUCUUCUGCCCUCCAGACCGGGAGCUGGCCCUGAGAGGACAAAUAAAGACGGGAUGGUCGACGGUGGCAGCCCGCAAGAAGUCUCGACCGAGUCAGAUGAGGCUGCCUCCUCAGGAGAUACAGCACAUCCAGGCAGUGGUGGCCCAGGCUGAGGCCCUCCAGAUGGCCGAGGAAAUACGUAUUGGUGUCCAGAUGUUGAAACUGCAGCGACUGCGGAAGAGUUGUCGUGGGAACGGCACGUCCACCUGUAUCCUGUGUGGCUAUGACCUGGUCCACCACAGGAGCCGCAGUAUUAGCUCCAUACACGUCUGUUUCGAGUGUGCCCAGGCCGUGUGCUCUCGAUGUAAGGCAGAGUACAAGUGUCACACAGGGGAGACUGUGGUGCUGUGCCGGCUGUGCAGCGACGAGAGAGAUCUGUGGAAGAAGAGUGGUGCGUGGCUGAACAACAAGCUCCCAGUCAUUCACGUCUCAGAGGAGGAGCUGGAGAAAGCUCAGCAGCAGAGACAGAUGACAAUGAAAGUUAUGCCACUGAGAACUGACCUCAUAGUUCCAGCCAGUCAUCUGGACGAAGACGACGACGAACUCGAAGACGAUCUCUCCACCGUCAGCGGAUCGACCGCUAACUACGGGGGCUUCUCCUCGUUUUUCGCCAAUAGUGCCCCCUCCUCCCGUUCUCCCAGCCCGCCGGACAUGUCGUUCAUGGCAACGGAGCCCAACGCAGCCGCUGCGGCGUGGAAGGGCGACCGUCAGGGCUCGGCCGAGCUUCACCCUCAGUCCCACAUGACCCUUCCCUACGCCAAGAAGCCCCACGGGCAUGAGGAAAUCUGGUUCUUACGACCUGGUCGCCAUCCGCAAUCGACAGCGCUCCUCCACCAUGCCGUCCAAGGAACGUAGUGCCUCCAUCACCCGCAAGCCGGCCAUGGGUGGGGAGAGGAAGGAGAGGAUGGAGGAGCUGCGAAGGAGAGUCAUUGAGAAGAAGAGGGCCGCAGACCUCCAGAAAUCAGGGGGCGCCAUUCAGCGCACCCCCUCCCCGACUCUGGGUCUGGACCCCAUCAGAAUGACGAGGUCUCACUCCAAUGAUUUCCCAGUAGCCAGCCCGCGGUUCUCCCCAGUGCCAGGCUCCACGUCAUCCCACCCCCACAUCAAGGUGGUCGUGUCCACUCCCCCUACGUCGCCAGACAUGCAUCGCGGAGGCGAGCAGCCGCGCUCAGGGUCUCCUCUCACUGGCUCUACCGUCGCCGCUCGAGGCUCCACCCCCAAGUCACAUGAUUCGGACUUUACACGUGCCUCUGCUACAUCUCCCUCACCUCAUACUGAGGUAUUCUCCUCAGUGGGUGGGAAGAAACAAAAGCCAGUUCCCGUCUCCCCGCAAGAAACAGGGUACUAUGGAGCCCGAAACCCCUCAUUCUGGGCAGCAGUAUCAUCAGGGAAGGUCCCAGGAUGGUGGGGAGAUCAGCCUCGUCGCAGAGGGCCGGAGGUCUGCCACGAUUGAGAGGGAGAAACCCUCGGCUGCUCCACGCAAAAGAGCCGGGUCUGUGGACAGGGACAAAGGUCGCGAGGUCAGAUCUGAGACCCUAGACAGGAAACGGAGGACGCCAGAUCCUCAGCCGUCUUCCGAGUUUAAGACUGUGAACCUGUCGUCCAAGAGGACUCCUCCAGUGACGGUUGCUGGUGAGUCGAAGUCAAGUUACUCUCCUGUGUUUCCAGCCGAGGUGAGCAGUGAGCUGAAGAGUUCCGUGGGAGCCAGGGGCAAGAAGGGUUCCAGAGAAGAGAUGACAUUCACGCAUCACCAGGAGGAGCAUUCGAACCCUUCGCUGAAGGACAUUGGGAAGAGAGUCAGCAUCACUUCGGAGGGGAGCGUGGACAGUCAGCAGGGAGGGGAGGGGGUGUCGAGAGCAGACAGUGGGAGCUCCGGGGACCACGCCUGGAAGAGACAGGGGGCCAGGAGGACGGCACGCAGCAAACACACCACCAGACCUAAUGCGGAGGUAGAGGAGGAAGACCAGGGUCCACGUGGACGAUUACGCUCGGGAGCUCUGUCGGGAGGGGGGCGGGCAGCUCGGAAGACGCACUCUGGGGAGGACGGGGAAGGCUCUCGCUCCCGGACCCGCUCGGGAGCACUGUCAGGGAGUGACGCCCAGCCCUUCCGCCGGGGUCGUAGUCCCAGGGGCUCCCCACGACCCAGAGGUGGUGUGGGGGUGGAGACAGACGGCAGAUUCCCAGAACCUCUCGAACAGUUUGGGGUCGAGGAGGCGGAGUCGAUUCGCCGUGCGAGGGCGGGAGAUCGUAGGGCGGGCCGCACCGGUGGCGACCUCCUGGUUGCCACUGACGGUCAGUACGGAUCCAUAGAGCUGUCUCUGGAGUACGUGGCUGUUGACCAGAUCCUCUCGGUCACCAUCCACAGAUGCAGAGGCCUGCCUGGGGUUGACAGGAACGGCCUGUCGGAUCCAUACGUGAAGCUGUUCAUUUCACCUCAUGCCCCCAAGAAGCAUGUGGUGUUCAAGACGGUGAUCCAUCGUCACACGGUGAACCCACAGUUUGAUCAGAACUUUGUGUUCCAAAACUUGACUCCCGAUUGCUUGGAGAAGAAAUCUAUUGUAUUGGUGGUGCUGGAUCGCCAUGAUGCCUCCAAAAACCACCCCAUUGGAGGAAUCAGUGUCCCACUCUACGAGGUAACCCCUGGCCAAAAGACCAAUAUCAGGAAAUUGCUGGGGGAUCCAGAAAAGGCAGUGAAAGAAGUUAUGGAGAAGACAGAGGUUGGAAAGGUAGAGCUGAACUUCAAGUACGAUGUAACGGCGGGCUUCCUAUUGGUGGGGAUCAACCAGGCUGUUAUUCUCACUUCUCGCAGCAGCAAGAACUACCCAAACUCCUACGUCACAUGUCACCUGAUGACACAAGCAAUGUCAGUUAAUGUCAAACGAAAGACAAAGACUGUCAAUCGUGCAGCAAUGCCCAUUUUUGACCAGGUGUUGGAGAUCUCGGUGGCAUAUGCUCAGUUGAGUUCUGCAGUUCUCGUUGUCUCCAUGUGGGACCACAAGAAGGUGGCCAAAGAUGUCUUUCUAGGUGAGGUGGUGCUGAAGGGCAGAAAGUUUUGGGAGAAGGUGAAGAGCUGUGAUCUGCUGAACCACGAGUGGUUCCAUCUCCAGGAACAGCAGGACUCAUUCCGUGAAUCUUCACCUGUUUUUUAACUCUGUAACUGCUUGCAUUGCAGUAAUGAAACAGAACAAAGACUUGGGCGUGCAUGACCAUCAUGAAGUAACUAGCUACAGGGUGUGCGAACAGGCAGUAUGUGUUGCUAAGACUCUAUAUACAAGCCAUUUCUGUGCGGACACUAGUAGUGCCAGAAGCCUCACCCACUGACUUUUAGUCUGGGAUUGAGUUGACCGCAGGACUGUUGUGGAGCGAGGCAAGAGGACACUCAAGUUUACACUUGUAUGGAAAAAACAAGUGUACUGUGCAUGUUAGGUUGCGGUGAAGUAGAUAGACUGCAGUGUGUGUAUAUAUGCUUGGUAGG